CCCGUGACUCUCUCUCCAGUGGACGUGACUCUGGACCCGGACACGGCUCAUCCCAACCUCGUCCUGUCUGAGGAUCGGAAAUGUGUACAACACAGAGACACCCGACAGCAUGUGCCCGACACCCUGGAGAGAUUUGAUUAUUGUCCCUGUGUCCUGGGCUCGGAGGGGUUCACGGGCGGGAGGCGCUACUGGGAGGUGGAGGUGGGAGACAAGACAGAGUGGUACGUGGGCGUGUGCAGGGAGUCUGUGUGCAGGAAGGGGGGGAUCACGCUGUCACCUGGCCGUGGAUACUGGGUCGUGUGGCUGGAAGAUGGAGGACACAAGCCCUACACCUCCCCCUGGACCCCCCUCCCCGUGCGCGUGCACCCCAGGCGGGUGGGGGUUUUCCUGGACUACGAGGGAGGCGAGGUCUCAUUUUACAAUGUGACCAACAGGUCCCAUCUCUUCACUUUCACUGACACCUUCUCCGGGACCCUGCGCCCUUUCUUCAGUCCUGGUCUCAAUGCUGGGGGCACCAACGUGGCUCCCCUGACCCUGUGCCCGGUCCCAGCCCAGCCCUGAGGGAAUCCCUGUCCCUGCCAUGACCCGCGGGGGGCACAGACUGUCCCCUCCCCGCGCCCCGACUGCCAGCCCCUCGGCAUCCCCAGGGUGGGGGGCAGGCUGGCGGGUCAGGGCUGGGGUCUCCAACACAGGAGCUGCUCCAGCCUGGACCCUGGUGCUGCCCAGGCCCAGGUGUCAUCUCCCAAUCCCCAAAUGCAGGGGCGAUGCUUAGGGGCUGCACACAGGUGCACGUGCACCCCCUGAGCAUUGCAGUGCACUCCCUGCAAAAAGGUGCCACCGACACUGUUCGCAGUUUCUGCAGGCAGUCCAUGAUCAGCCCUGGCCGCCACUGAUGCUGCUGGUGAUGCCUGUGGGUCUUCACUGACCCCA